GAUAUGGCUGCUGCCGACCGCGCCUACCACCUCACAGAUGGGAAACCCGUUCGCAAGGAUCUCCGCGCCAACUAUGAGAAGGCAGUGAGGGCAGGGCAGGUUUCACAAGCGCAGGGUGUGUUGAUGCAUUGGUUUACUCAGGAUAUCGAUCUUCCGACCCUGCGUGCAAACGUUCAGGCAGAGGUGAAGUCGUUUCGUACCAAGUCGAAGGCGAACGAACGCCAGUGUUUCCACCCCCUUGUGUACAAGGCGGUGCAGGCGGCGCUGCAGCUCAAG